AUGGGAAGAAUCUCAGAUCUGGAAUAUUGCAAACGGUACCAGCAGGCGAGCGCCCAUGGUCCUCUUUCGGGUGCACGGGAGUUCAUGUCCCUCGAUGUUCGCAGAUGGGGAUUCAUGCACAUGGUUCGACCGAACAAUCUUCGAAAAGAAUACCCCGAAGUGACUUUCCAUCAUCAUUAUCUGCAUGACCUCGAGUCGGUAUAUUGGUUACUCAUCUGGUACAUGGUCUCCCAUGCGCCUCACAAGGAGGGCGUUCCCCGUGUCAUCGACCACGUCUCCUGGGCCAAAUUGGUGGACGAUUUGUUUGGAACGGGAAUUGAUAGCCAAGAACCCACCGUGCAUUGGAACAACCAGUCUGUCACAUGUACUGCUAUGAUGAACUUCUGGGAUGAUCAGGACAGUCUAGAAGGCGUCUGCGAUAUUCUGAACCUGCCGGUUCUUUUCAAGAAGGAGUACGGAACACUUCAAACAGCAGAACAAACGGAAUGUGGAGAGACUCGCUGGCCGGACAGGGUUUUUACCGAAGGUCUUUACAUCGCAUUUGAAAAGGCAGUCAAUGAAGCUCUGAAGAGCGUUCCCAGCGAUUGCCAGUGGCUCCCCUUAUGGGACUCUCUCUCAUCCCAGUAG